AUGACUGAGAACGUUCCAGCUCCAGCGUCAUCUCGAAAAUGGAGAACAUGCUUCAACCCUUGUACUUUGUACAGAGUUAGUCCGCACUAUGGAGGGAUAAUAUGGAUUAUAAUGUUUUGUGCAAGUUUGGUAACAUGCAUAACUGUAGUUUAUGAGGUUUUCAAAAAGUGGCAAAAAAGUCCAAUAAUCGUAAAUUUCGCAAGCCACGAAGUUAACAUUUUUGACAUCACAUUUCCUGCCGUAACAAUUUGCCCGGAAACAAAAGUGUUUAGUGAUCAUUUUAAUUAUUCAUACAAUCUAAGAAGAAGCUUGAAUGAAAAUAUGUCAAAAGAUGAUUUGAAAAAAUUGCAAUAUAUGUCGCUGCUGUGCAACGUCAAUGAAUAUUUUCAUAAGGUCUCUAAAAUCAGGAAUAUAGAUGAGGAGUUCUUUCAUUUCUUAAAAAAUGGAUCACCGAGUUUUUUAACAAAAUGUCUUUGGAUGGGUCAGGAUGCGAGUUGCAAUGAAAUAUUCCAACCGCUUUACACUGAUGAAGGACUUUGCUUAACUUUUAAUAUGUUAAGCAAAAGAGAAAUGUAUACUAAAGCAGUGGAAAAUAUCGACUAUCCUCCAAGUACUUACAAAGAUAGACUAGUUGAGCAUUGGUCAACCGAUCAUGGCUAUACCGACGAUGCGGGAAUUGAUACGUACCCAAGAAGAGCUUUAGUAUCUGGUUCUACUAAUUCGUUGGAAGUUAAUUUUGCUGUUAACAAUACCGAUUUAGAUUAUGGAUGCACUCACUUCCAAGGAUAUAAGGUGGUUCUCCAUAGUCCUCAUAGAUUUCCGACAGUUCACAGCCACUAUUUCAGAAUACCUUUAAAGAAGUCCGUAAGUGCUGCUAUAACACCGUCAGUCUUAAGCACGUCAAGAGAUGUAGCCGAUUACAACGUUAAGAAAAGAAAAUGCUUUUUUCAAACUGAUAUGAAGUUAAAAUUCUUUUCGAAUUAUUCGCAGAUUAACUGUAAACUGGAGUGUCUUAUAGAUUUGACUAUAGAGAUUUGCGGAUGUGUACAGUAUUUUAUGCCCCGGAACAAAAGUACUCCUAUGUGUGGUACAGAACAAUAUGAGUGUUUGAAAUUGGUAGAAGAAAGGCAGGCAUUAGUUUUCAUGGAGUCCAAUUUAGCUAAACAUAAAUUAAUGAACAAACAUUUCCAUAAGCAUUUUGGGGGUAAAAAGAACAUGUCCAGUAAAUAUUCCUGCAAUUGCCCGUCAAUGUGUAAUACCAUAGACUACAACGUGGAAAUUACUGAAAGCGAUUAUGAUUGGCCUAGGAAAAUGGCAGCUAUUGGAAUUGAUGUUGUUACCGAAGAUGAAGAAGGGAUGUCGUCAUCUCAACUUCAAAUCUACUUCAAGAGCAACACAUUUAUACCACAACAACGAAAUGAACUGUAUGGCACAUUCGACUUUCUAGCAAACGUUGGAGGCUUGUUAGGAUUGUUCAUUGGAUUCUCUAUUUUAUCUAUGAUCGAGUUAAUAUAUUUUCUGACUUUAAGAAUAAUCUAUAAUCUGAAGUUGUACCAAACAUGGUAUGGGAAACCGAAUACCUCAAAUAUAACAUGCAUUUCUAGUAUAAAAUCGCAAGGUGACAAAGGAUCUAAUUAA